AUUUUAACCCAUCUGUUUUUGAAUGGAGUAUCACAUAAAUAUAUAGAGAAAGGAAAAGAUGAAGCAUUUGCCCUCAAAUCGAAGGCAAAUAAGAAAGAAGACUUUGAAACCCAGAACACAGACGCCUCCGUGAAUUCUCUCUCGCUCCUCUCUCAAUAUUCACUGCUCUCCUCAGUGGAUAACGAGAAAGGUGGAGAGAGAACCGCCGUAAUUAUGAGGGAUUCGUGUCAGGAUCUGUUCGACCCAAGCGCCACCGUCAUGGACUCCUCCUACAGCUCUUCCCCAAGCGCCAGCCGCGACCCCGAUUUCGGAUUCGCCUUCAACGACAGCAAUUUCUCCGACCGGAUCCUUCGAAUCGAGAUCGUCUCCGAUUCCGCCGAGGCCGUGCCUGAAGCUGACGAUUGCAAAACCCUAGCUGAUUGGGCGCUGCGCAAGAGCAAACGGCGUCGUGGUGAUAUAGCCAAGAAGGAAAAUGACAUGUACCACUCGUUUGCAGCUUUGGAUAUCAACAAUUGCCCUGAAGAGCAGAUUUUAGAUGGUCAGCCGGAAGCUGAAGAUGGCAUGGGUAAUGAGAAUCAUGAUGAGGAAGAGAUUCCAAUGAUAGAAGAUUCUCCAUCAGGGGAUGAAGCUGUUAAUAGUGAUGACUCAAAUUGGUCUGAAGAUGGUUCAAAAGUUAUUAGAGUGAAAACUUUGCAUAUUAGCUCUCCUAUCUUAGCAGCCAAGAGUCCAUUUUUCUACAAGUUGUUCUCAAAUGGUAUGAUGGAAUCAGAACAGAGGCACGUCACCCUAAGAAUUAAUGCCUCAGAAGAGGCUGCUCUUAUGGAACUCCUAAAUUUUAUGUAUAGCACCAAGUUAAGCAUCAAUACCGCUCCUGCUUUAUUAGAUGUACUAAUGGCUGCUGAUAAGUUCGAGGUUGCUUCAUGCAUGAGACAUUGCAGUCGUGCAUUGAGAUCAUUGCCCAUGACUCCAGAGUCUGCAUUACUGUAUCUGGAUCUACCUUCUAGUGUCCUUAUGGCUGAUGCAGUUCAACCACUGACUGAUGCAGCAAAACAAUUUUUAGCUGUACGUUAUAAAGAUAUAUCAAAGUUCCAAGAUGAGGUUAUGAAUUUGCCUCUUACUGGGAUUGAGGCGAUCCUGUCCAGCGAUGAUCUUCAGGUGGCUUCAGAAGAUGCAGUUUAUGACUUUGCGCUAAAGUGGGCCAGGACCCACUAUCAAAAGCUGGAGGAGCGACAGGUCAUUCUCUGUACACGUUUGGGUCGCUAUAUCCGUUUCCCCUACAUGACUUCGCGGAAGCUUAGGAAAGUUCUGACCUGCAAUGACUUUGAUCAAGAAUUUGCUACUAAAGUGGUGCUUGAUGCCCUAUUUUUCAAGGCAGAUGCCCCACAUCGUCAAAGAAUACAUGCCGUAGAGGAGUCAUCAUCCUCUAGCCGUCGGUUUGUGGAGCGAACUUACAAGUACAGACCGGUUAAGGUUGUUGAGUUUGAGCUCCCACGCCAACAGUGUCUAGUCUACUUAGAUCUAAAGCGGGAAGAGUGUUCCAAUCUGUUCCCGUCAGGGCGGGUGUACUCUCCAGCAUUCCACUUGGGUGGGCAAGGCUUCUUCCUAUCUGCACAUUGCAACAUGGAUCAAGGGAGCUCGUUUCAUUGCUUCGGCCUCUUCCUAGGGAUGCAAGAAAAGGGCUCCGUUUCAUUCGCUGUUGAUUAUGAAUUCGCUGCCAGAUCCAAACCCACAGAAGAAUACGUCAGCAAAUAUAAAGGGAACUACACAUUCACCGGUGGCAAGGCAGUUGGAUACCGCAACCUAUUCAGCAUUCCAUGGACUUCGUUUAUGGCCGAAGACAGUCUUUAUUUCAUCAACGACACACUCCAUCUCAGAGCUGAGCUCACCAUCAAACGCGAGGUCCCCUCGUCGCAGAGAGGGAGUUCUUGAAAUCCUUUCUUUCAGCUCCAAGAAAGAUGAUAUACAAGACAUGAAGAGCAAGGUGUAUACUUAGUGUGAUAUAUAGAGAGAGAGAUGGUGACGUGGAUGAUGCUAUAUGCUGUAAAUAAGGUUGUCUGGCAAGCCUUACCCUUUUUUGAGGAACUGUAAUUUGCUUCUAUAGAGAUGCUUAAGCUGCCAUGUAUCUUAUGUAUCCUUUGUGCAAUUAAUGCUUGCACAUUUCUCUAUCUAUUUGGAUCGUCAUUUUCCAUUGAUACAUAUACUUAUUAUUGAA